AUGUUGCCGGGAAGACUGACAGAUCUUGGAGAGGACCUCGCAUCGAUGAAGGAGCCUUUACCCUUCCCAGAGGUGCCAUCAAGUGCCUUUAAGAAUUUGGCAAGUGACUCGAUGCGAGAUGAGAUAAUGAUGGAGGAAGAUGCGGCUGCUGCCUUGAGCGCUGCAUCCAAGAAGGUGGCACCUUUCCUCCGCGGUAAUGUGCACAAACCCGUCGCAGCGAGCGACGCAAGUGUCAGAGGAACAACACCGAGCAUAUCCCCUGCAGGAAGUGCUCAAUCAUGGCAGGAGGCUUUGAGAAGAGAGGGGAUGAUUGGCCCACAUCCAUCUUUGAAGGAUUGGACAGCUGGAACCUGGGUUUGGUAUCUCCAAACGGACAGCGCCCUUUUCAUCCAGGUUUUCUCGGGCCAGACACCCGCCUGCCAACCCCCGAGCAGGAGCGCGCAGCGCCGGCUGCUAUAG